AAAUGUUCAUCUAAUAGAAAAUGGUGUUUGAACUGCUUUGAAUUGUUGUAACAUUUAAAAAUUCUAAAAAAAAAAAUUGUAUUCUGCUCGUCUAUUGAGGUUUUUAUUUCUUCCCUUUUUUGCCCUUUUUAAAACUCAGUGCUGGUAAAAGGUUAUCCUUUUAAGUAUCUGAUAAAAGUACGGUAAUGUUUGCAGAGGUUGAAAGAGCACGGCAUUGUUUUCUGAGUCUGCCUUUGCUAUUAAGCAAAUAUUGACAGGUAGAAAACAGCUCUGUACAGAUGACCCCCCCCCAACCAACACCAACGUACACCUGCUCAGACGUUUGCACUAAGCAAAUGCAAUCAGGACCACAUCAAGAAGAGCUAAACAUCAGUGGAAGCUUUAUAUCAUGGAUGUUGCCUGCAAUGUGACAGUGCUAGAGGCCCAGGAACAGAUCAACUCCACAAUCUACCACCUCAUUAAGAUGGUCAGCAUGUGCGUGAGCUACAGCCUGAACACAAUGCUCAGUGUUCCUCUGCUCCUUGUCAUCCCGCGCUCCCCGUCACUCCUCAGGCACACUCGGUUCUUGCUCCUCAUACACCUUCUCCUCUGCAAUAAUCUCCAGCAACUCAUCUGGACAAUCAAAGAAGUUCUUUUAGGAUGUGGGGAAGGUUUUUCUGUGACCCAGUGUCUGAUCUUCAGCGCUACUAACCAGGCCUUGUCAUUGGUGGAGCUCUUCCUUAGCACCGCUCUGGCUGUGGAUCGUGUCGUAGCCAUCAAGUGGCCCCUACACUACGAGUUCUUUACAUGUACAAGAAGGAAGGGAGCAACUGUUGCAUCCAUAUGGAUGUUAUCAGUCUUGCUCAGCAGCGUGGGUCUGUGCAUCAGCCUCACCACCAUCCAGGUCAGGUUUACCCUUCCCCGCUGCAGAUUUUUUGUCUUGACACCCUGCCUAUCGAUGACAUCGGCUCUAGGGCUUUACUGCACUGUGGGCACUGCUCUGGUGCUGCCUCUCUGCUACCUGACCAUCCUGGCAUGUUUCUGUUUGCUCUGCUGGGACAUGCGUGCAGGUCUGUUCUCCACCACCAGAGCUUAUGUCACCCUGACCCUCCAGGCUGUUCAGACCAUCCUUUUUUCAAUCCCCGUAAUCAUGGGCAGCUACCUGAUCCCCGGAUACCUGCAUAAUGAUACUAUCGACAUAGCAACCACCAUCAUCUACAACCUGGGAGUGUCACUCGUCCCUCUGGUCUAUGGUUACCGCUCUCGGGAACUACAACAGAGGAUACGGCAAGCUGCACAUCUGAAACUUAGCAGCCAAAAUCAGUGAUAACUCAUUUGAGGAGUUUUAAAAGUUUAAAAAACUUUAAAUGUAUUUGUUUGAAAAAACACUGAUUAAUAGCUCAGCCAGUAUGCUCUCAUGCUUAAGAGUAGAAGGAAGACCAUAUCAUCUGUGUAUAAUAGCAUCAGGAAAAAAAAUUAAUUCAAGCUUUUAUGAUGCAACUUAAAAGAAUCGGAGAUAAAUCCAAAGUCAAGUCACUCAAAUGAGCAAUACUCAUUUAAAAAAUGAAAGUAAAAAUAAACAGGACACGAGGACAAACUGCUUCAAUGGGUUUAAUUUUAACUGAAAUACUGUUGUGCUGUUUAUAUAAUUUAAUUCACAAGACAUUAUGUAAAACAUUCAGGAAUAUAGAGGAUAAAAUACACACUAAAGCAUGACAGAAAAUAUAUUAACAAUCACUUUAAGAGAAUGGACCAAAAACUGUAUAUAAAAAAACAAGGAAGCAGCUUCUGCACAUGGAAAGGGAAGCCAAUGCAAACUGACUUCAGCCUGCAUUUCCUUCACAGGCCACUGGGGGCAGCUCUUGUAGUUCCAAAUGUCUUUAAACAAACUGUUGUAGUACUUAUUUGACCUAUAAGCUCAGUAAACAGCUUCCUUAUUAAAUAAGGGUCUCAGACACAUGUUUCACAUCAGCAUGGUAACUAUUUGACCACUUAAAGGUGGUCAAA